CAGUUAGAGAGCCGAGGCUGGUCGCGGCUCCUCUCCGGUGACAAUCUCCCCACGCAGACCGACAUCCUGCGCCCCGCAGCGGACACACAUCGCCGUAGAAACGUGUUUAUUUAUCGCGCGUUUCAACAUGUUCACUGUGCCGGAGCUGGUGGUCCUGCUGGCCGCGCUGUCCGCCACCGCGUCCGGCUACUUCGUGAGCAUAGACGCCCAUGCCGACGAGUGCUUCUACGAGCGGGUCAACUCGGGCACGAAGAUGGGCCUCAUGUUCGAGGUGGCCGAGGGAGGCUUCCUGGACAUCGACGUCGAGAUAACCGGGCCCGACGGGAAGCAGAUCUACAAGGGCGACCGGGAGUCCAGUGGGAAAUACUCUGUGGCGGCUCACAUGGACGGGACCUACAAGUUCUGCUUCAGCAACAAGAUGUCCACCAUGACGCCCAAGAUCGUCAUGUUCACCAUUGACAUCGGAGAGGCCCCUAAGGGCCAGGACAUGGAGACGGAAGCCCACCAAAACAAGCUGGAGGAGAUGAUCAACGAGCUGGCGGUCGCCAUGACGGCCGUGAAGCACGAGCAGGAGUACAUGGAGGUCCGCGAGAGGAUACACAGAGCGAUCAACGACAACACAAACAGCCGAGUGGUGCUGUGGUCGUUCUUCGAGGCUCUGGUCCUGGUGGCAAUGACACUCGGACAGAUUUACUACCUGAAGAGAUUUUUUGAAGUACGGCGAGUGGUUUAGAGCGAUGACAGGAUCUCUCUCUCUCUGUGUGUGUGUGUGUGUGUGUGUGUGUGUGUGUGUGUGUGUGUGUGUGUGUGUGUGUGUGUGUGUGUGUGUGUGUG